CUAAAUAAUUGUCGUUUGAAAAUUGUUGUCAACAUGGAAAUUUUGUGGUUUUUGCCAUGUUAAAAGUUUGCUUUAAAGAAAAUUCGGUUGUUGGCGCUCAGUGUGAAAUUUUCCCCCGUCAUCUCUCGCGUAAUCGUUACUAUUCCUGAACAUUACCGCUUUACCUGCAGUAGUCUACAGAAAUAAUUGGGCAUCAAGUAUGGACGGCCAUGUUGUAAUAGUGUUCCCAAGCAUCAUGGGUUAAAAACCGUGAAGAAAAUGUGUGAAAAAAUCAAUGUAGACGUUCCGAACAGUAACUGAUCCCUAUAAAAAUGGGGUGUAUUUAUCGACAAACCGCGUGAAAUGUACGCGCACGCGAUAUUUUUACGCGUUCUUGGUAUUGAGUGAGUGCAACGUCGUGCUAGCCCAGGGAGUCGUCUACUGUCAGAUCGCCUGGCAAACGUUAUAUGAAUCUGCAGCAUCCCCAUUUGUGGGAGGUGGACUGAACGGUCUAGGGACUGUCCUGGUAGCGCCCGGGGUCGCGAAUGACGCCGGUCAUGUUCGAGUAGCACGUGCCUCGCGCCGAUUUCUCGUAAACAGUUCGCGUAACGAUGGCCAAUAUCCUUGGCAAGGACCCGGCCACGUAUUCCAAGGAGCGCGAUGGGUUCCUCCGCGAUCUGCAACAUUUCCAUGAAACCAGAGGAACUCCAUACAAAAGACCCCCUUCCAUAGGCGGUAAGGAGGUUGACUUGUAUCUUUUGUACAGUUUGGUUACCUCACACGGAGGCUGGCUAAAAGUCAAUUUUAAGAACAUCUGGCCAGAAAUCUUCACGCAGCUGGAACUGCCACGAUCCUGCGUUAACGGGAGCGUUGCACUUAAACAGAUAUAUUUAAGAUAUUUGGACAGAUGGGAAAAAGUGCAUUUUCUACAUGAAGAUGGUGACCGUGUUAGUGAUGAUGACGAAGAAGGCAAACAUAAGAAAUUGUCUGCAAAGAUACUUCACUCGGUCGCCAGCACAUACAACUAUAGCCAGCACAACGUCUCAGACACAAACCGCGAAGUGAGCUACCUAUCUACGAACUUGUAUCGACCGUCCGAUUACGAUCGCCUAGCGUUAUCAUUGGUGUCCCCGUUGCCUAACGAGCAAGACUUUUCCAUCAACGUGUGUACAUUGUUGUCAAACGACGGCAAGCAUACGUUGAGGUUGCGUAAACACCCUAGAAUUGUUAACUAUUUGUUGGCGCAUGCAGGAGUUUUUUCUCACAGCUCUCUAAGACAACUGUUUACGCAUUUCUAUAGUGACAUAAGGAAAAAGCCGAUCCACACCUUUUGGAAAGAUGUGGUCGAAUCAAAAGAAUUUCUCCGACUAACCAACGAGGAUGAGUUUAACUCGAGACGCGACGCCGAAGAAACAGUAUGUGAUAUGUUAGUUAAGGAUGACACGACCUCGUCGUUGCUUAUGGAAGUGGACGUUCAAAAAUUCUCUGGUGAUAGUAUUGACGUCGAGUCGGUUGUUAGUGAUAGUGACGAAAUAUCAAUGGAUACUGAAGACCAUUUCGAUAGUAGCUUAAAGUUUAAAAUCACCGAAUCCGAUAAGGAACUCUUUUGUCUCAAACGGUCUUUAGGGACGCAGGACUACAUCGGACAACGAGUGCUACAGAUCGCGACGAUAUUGAGGAACCUCAGUUUUAUUGAAGAGAACAUGGUGAUUCUCUCUAAAAAUACGACUUUCUUGAGGUUUUGUCUGUUGUGCUGUACAGCACAAUGGGGCAUAUUGAAGAAUCUGGGGAUGGACAUGUUAGGGAACGUAGCUCCGGAAUUUAUCAUCAGAGAUUUGUCAACUGAUAUUCUUGCCGCUGACUUACUCAAGAUUGUCACGAGAGGACUGACGAAACAGGAUAGGGCUUGCUGCCUAUCGUCAUUGGAAGUUUUGAAUAAGCUCAGCCAGAAUGAACAGAAUGAAGAUGUGCUACUCAGGUCGUUGGAGGCAAGCGUGUAUAGGAACGUCUGCUCAUUCCUCACCAUCCACGAUGUGAUGCUGCUGAUUUACACACUGGAGUGUCUCUAUUCUCUGUCUUCGUUGGGAGAACGGUCCUGUCAUUUCAUAGUUGUCAACCACGGCGUGAUCGACACUUUGGUGUCACUGGUCACUGUCGAAGGGAAGAGUUAUGGACCAAAGGCGUGCAUUGGCAUGAAACUGGUGGAAACGGUGCCAGCUGCAGUGAGCGGAAGCACAGCGAUUCAGCAGCAGCAGCAACAGCCGCAGAAAACGCCGGCACCACCUGCGAACACUACAACAGGUGGUGAAGCCUCAACGAGCGCAUUGCCCAGCAGUAGUGGUCCUAUAGCUGUUAAGGUAACUCCACCAAGUACACCAACAAGACCUGUCGCCAUAGUACCCCAUAGGUUACUCAGUGUCGCACCAAGUCCCACCGUUGCAGCGUCGGUUGCUAGCGAUAUACCCGUCAAGCCUACAGCAGCCGCCUCUACGAUCUCAACCGUCAUUCAAGACCAACACAAGCUCCCAAAUCACCAGCAACAGCAGCAACAACCAGCAGCCCAACCUCAAAAACCGCAAGUGACGCAACCGCACCACCAACAUCCGUUGACGCCCCAACAGCUGAUCCAACAACAACACGCCCAUCAACAGGCCAUUCACGAGAACGAGCAGUUCGCUUUGGCCUGGUUGCGCGCCACGUACGAACCUUGCGAGUCCGGCAAAAUCGACCAUCAAGAGUUGUACAAGCACUACAUCAACUCGUGUACGAGCAUUGGCAGGCGCGGAGUUAUUUCUCCCUUGCAUUUUCCCAGAUGUGUGCGGUCAGUGUUUGGUGGAACAGUGGGUCCGAAUCCGAUGAAGCCGGCGAAUCCCAACGAUCCUCAGUUUUACGAAGGCAUAAAGGUGCGCAACAACAUAAGUAUACCACUACAACAGAACGAACAGACGCAGCCGCUGAAUGUCGCGUCGUCGUCCUUGUCUGAGGACGAUAUCGCCGGCGGUGACGUUUCGUUACCGCCGCCGUCGCCCGCGUCGCCGAUCCUCAAAGCGCAGCUCAGCGCCGCCAUCGGUACUAAGCAUAGAGAAAGCGUUUUUCUCAAGGGCGAUCACAACAGUCAGGCGGUAAACCAUCCCCACCUAAGCCAAGCCUUGUUAGGAUCCCAAUCGUCCUCUUCAACUUCAUCAACGGCUGUCAGCGCAGGCGCCAAUGGAACCCAGUCCACACUAGUGACGACUACCACCACGACCCCACCGGUAACCUCAGCAGCUUCAGGACAGGCUAGUAGUACGUCUCUCAUCAAAAGCCUCCUGGCAACAAAGGUAAACGAUUGCAUGUCAUCAACAGUGAGCAUGAGGACUGCGACAGACUACCCAAAUGUAGCUCAGGUGGCUGCGAGACAACAGCAACAACGACUAUUGGCUCAAGUAGGUUGCGAACAGCAGCCCAAGACGAAUAACCAACAGACGAUUGUAACGGCGGUGUCUCGUGUCAAUGGCAUGAGGCAGAUUUCCGUCGAGGAAGCGACGUCGGUGACUGAUGCGGUUGCAACUGGCGACUCUUCUGUUUCCUCGACCACGUCGAAUUCUAUAAACAGGGAAAACACAACUUACCUGGCGGCGUUAACUCCAACGUCAUUUACCGAUGCUACGAAAGGUAAAAAAGAACCACCGCAACCGCCGCCUCCUCCUCUAGCUCCUUUGAGUAAUGGAGGAGGAGGCAUGUCCAAAACACACCAAACGAGGCCACAAGACAGCGAGGAUAGUGAUUCGAUCGAAGCCAAUUCGAUAGCGUCGAUUUCUGGUGCUGUAGGAAUAAGUGGAAUAUUUUCGACAGAAGACGGUGAUAAUUCCUUAACUUGCUUUGAAGGAUUGUUAAAUGGUAUCCAUACGAUGGAAAAUCCUUUGAACGAGGAUAGCAAUUCCAAAGAUUCUGUAAAAAUCAUUGAUAGUGAGAUAUCUAUAAAUAAACCCCUUAGAUUAGCCGAUUUAUUAGAAAAGAAAUUUGAAAAAAGUCCGCCGUUAUUAAACGGCUCAUUAGGGAGGGAUUUAAAGGUGGGAGAGAAAGAUUUAUUGGAAAAUCAUAUAGAAAAGGCACUAAAUAGGGACAGUGAGAAUGACAAAUACAUAGAAAUAAAAAUAGAAGAUGAAUCUACCGACGAAAUAACCUUAAAGGAGGAACCGUUAACCUACACCGACAUUGAAAUGAUAGAUCAGCCUGAAAUUCCAAGCAACCUCAAGAGGAGUUUAUCAGAUGAAGCCCUUGAUGGAAAGUCGAAAAAGGCCAUGUUUUCUAUGAAUGGAAACUCAAAUUCGGAUUCGCCCAACCCAGAUUCUGUAUCUAGUUCAAAUGAUGAGGCUCCGGCGACGGUUUCAACGGCAGCAGCAAAACUCUUUGCUGAUAUAGCAGCAGACAUCCUUGAAGAUGAAGAUGAGGAGCAGUUACUUCAAGAAGCGCAGUCUGCACAGCCUGCAACGCAAUCUCUACAGAUCGCAACGCAGGGUAAUUUGCCGCAGAUCAUUAUGGACAAUAGUCAGCAAGUGUUACUUGGACAACGGCAAAUUAUUGUGUCUCAACCACAAAUGGUCAUAUCAGCAGGUGCCCCAGUGAAAACCCAAAGCGGCCAAGCAGUGAUAGUGCAAAACUCGAGCGGCGUAACCAGCGGCGGUCAGCAACGCCAGAUGCUGAUCCAGCAAGCCGGCGGUCAGCACGUCUUGCUAUCGCAACCCCAAAUGCAAUUGGUGGCUACGAGCAGCGCCGGCGGACAACCGACGGCGUACGUUCAACAGGGCGCGUACGUGGUAGCCGCGCAGUCGCAGACCGCCGUGGUCCAUGGACAGCCGCAGACGGUACUCGUGGCGCAGGCGCAGCAGCAGCAGGGAGGUGGACCGCCGAAGACUAUCAUUAUACUGCAACAACAGCAGCAGGUUUCUGGGUCUGCUGGAUCGCCUGUUCAGAAGGUGGUUAUGACGCCUCAAGGCCAGCAAGUGGUCGUAGCGCAAAUACCACGGCAACCCGCUCAUACAACUACCGUAUCGAACAAUACAACAGUGAUCUCAACCGUAAACAAAACUUCUGCAGUGAAACAACCCGUCAUGACAAACGCUCUGUCGCAACCUCGAGCGCCGACGCCUACGCAAGAGAAGAAAAAACUGGAAGUUGUGAAGAAAAAGCCUGUUCGUGACCUCACGACACCUUAUGUGUGCGAGUGGGGCGAAUGUGAUGUGGCGACCAAGUUUAGGUCUCCAAAUGAGGUAUUCCUUCAUGCUUGUUCUGAUCACUGUCCCACGGGCACGGAAGAAGUUUUAUGCGAAUGGGACAAAUGUGAUAAUCUGAAACGAAAACGCUUUUCACUUAUGACGCAUAUCCAGGAUAAACACUGCAGUGCCGAGGCGAUGAAACAGAGUCUUCUGAGGCGGAAGCAAACAGCACAAGGAGUAAAGGUAGAAAGUUCUCAACCAACUUCCACAACUCCUCAUCCCGGAUAUGCGCCCGAUGCUGCUAUUCACGCGAUAAAGAGACACGCGUUAGAGUUUGUCAACCCUAAGGAAUUGCAAAUAAAGCCAUCCGGUAUAUCAUCUGCCAUACAUCAUGCUGGUGCGAUGCCCCCAUGUGAUCAGGAUGACAACGAAGGUCCAGUUACAAAAAGUAUUCGUCUGACUGCAUCGUUGAUCUUACGGAAUCUCGUUAUAUAUAGCAGCCACUGUAAAAGGUACUUAAAGUCCCAUGAGUCACACUUAGCGAACGUAGCUUUAAGCAAUGUAGAAUCUUCUAGAACAAUAGCACAAGUGUUAUAUGAUAUGAAUGAUGGUACGACUCACAGGUGACCUAUUCGUAAACGUGAUCUACCUGUAGGAAUGUCCAGUGAAAAUGUGUUUAUAUGAAAUGUAAAUUAUUGAGAAAGUGUACAAAUUAUUAGAAUAAGUUUUAAUAUUUAAGAGCCUAAUUGUUAUUUUUAUAUUAUUUCCUGGUGUAUAGAUCUUUAAAACAGUAUCAGAAAUCAAUGUCAUUGGUAAUUGAACCGCGUUUUUAUUGUGCAAAUUGUUUUGUUCGCUACAAUUUUUGUAAAUAUUUCCGAUGCAUGUAUCUUGGAUACUAUUUAUUAGUGUUAUCCACCAUACAUACACUAUUGUUAUCAGUAUUAUCCGAAAAAUAUUAUUGCUAUUUUAUCAAAAUACUGAAUCUCUAGUUGACUGACUAUCAUAUGGAUGUAAAAAUAAACAAUGUCUUAAUUUCCAUGUGCUUAUUGUAUCCACUUUUCGUACUAUUACUAAAACCUUGUAAAUUUGUGAAAACAAUAAAUUAAUGAUGA